ACAAAGUCAGAUUCCUUUCCCUUCACAGUUCAUACCCUCCUCGCCUUCCUCCUUCCAUGCAUUGAGAAUAUCUCUCGUAAAUGUAACCAUUAGCAUACAUAUUCAAACCAUUUUGUUCUCAUUCUCUUUAAUUAUUUAAGAAAUAUUACGUUACUAAAUGCAUAAAAAAAAAAAGAGUUCACUGUUCCAAAAAAGUUUUUUAUUAUUAUUGUAUACAUGUAUGCCCAUCAAUUGUACGCUGUACUCUGGAGAAUAGGAAAAUCCACAUCCCGCGCCCUCUCUUUCUGCUCAUCUAAAGAGAUAGGGAUGCCCAAAGGGAAAGUAAAUCCCAAGCACCGCAUCAACAAUACCGAAAUCCAAAAACUUUUCAGCAAGAAGUAGCAGAAAUCAACCCAAGGAGACGAUCUUUAUCUCUCAGUUUUAACCAAAGCUUCCCGAAAACAUGCCAUGAUUUGAUCCAUCAACACGACCCCAAAUGGGUUUCCCUACAAAACCCUUCUCCUUUUUCCUCUUCUCUCUGAUUUUCUUUACCAAUCUUGAGCUCAUCCCACUUGUUGAAUCUGCUUCUGACUACACAGCCUUGGUCUACAAGGGCUGUGCAAAGCAGGCCUUUUCAGAUCCGACAGGGGUUUACUCCCAGGCUCUCUCAGCCCUUUUUGGCUCUCUGGUUUCGCAGUCUACAAAGGCCAGGUUCUUCAAGACGACCUCUGGCAGUGGCCAAACCACCAUCUCCGGUCUCUUCCAAUGCAGAGGCGACCUUAGCAAUACUGACUGCUACAACUGUGUGAGCAAACUUCCUCAAAUGGCUGACAGUCUGUGUGGCAAAGCCAUAGCCGCCAGAGUCCAGCUAUAUGGCUGUUACGUACUCUAUGAGGUUGCGGGGUUUACUCAGGUUUCAGGCAUGGAGUUGCUCUACAAGACCUGUGGAACCACAAACGUGGCCGGAAGUGGGUUCGAGGAAAGGAGGGACGCUGCGUUACAGGUGUUGGAAACCGGCGUGGUUAGCGGCCACGGGUUCUACACCACGAACUAUGAAGCCGUUUAUUUGCUGGCCCAGUGUGAGGGGGAUUUGGGGGACACAGAUUGUGGGGAGUGUGUGAAGACCGCUGUGCAGAGAGCUCAGGUUGAAUGUGGGAGCUCCAUUUCAGGCCAAGUUUAUCUGCAUAAAUGCUUUAUUAGCUAUAGUUACUAUCCUAAUGGGGUUCCCAGGAGAUCAUCUUCAUCCUCUUCUUCUUCUUCUUCCUCGUCAUCAUCUUCUUCAGGAGGAAAUACAGGAAAGACAGUGGCUAUAAUAUUAGGAGGGGCAGCAGGAGUGGGGUUUCUACUAAUUUGCCUACUGUUUGCUAGAAGUUUGAUGAAGAAACAUGAUGAUUUUUGAUAGGUGAUGGUUUUUUGCAAAGAGGCAAAGUACUUUUGAGGAUCCCUCCAAAGCCAUGUGGGGGUGUUUGUCUCUUUUCGCUUUCCUCUAGAUUAAUGCUUCUCUCUAUUUUCUUCACAAACUUUAUGCUUUUUUGAAAGUUGCAACCUCUCUCUCUCUUUCUCUCUCUCUCUCUCACGCUCCCCCACACGCAUUUUGUCUAUUUCUUAAUUCCUGCUGACAAUGACACUGACUAUUUUGGUUUAGAUCAUCGUCAUUAAUCAGUCACUUUCACUAACUUUGGCUUUCCAUUACAUGCACCACCUUAAUUUGAGUGUCACUCCAAACUAAGC